AUGGGUACACUUCGGGACCUCCAAUUUGCCCUGCAACUAAAGAUUGAGGAGCUUCGCCAGAGAGACACACUAAUAGAUGAGUUAGAGCUGGAGUUGGAUACCAAGGAUGAACUCAUUCGAAGACUGCAGGAAGAACUGGAUCGCUACAGAGCUACGGUCUCCCUGCCAGGUCCCUCUGCAGACGGUGCUGCUUGCUCUGCUCAAAGUGAAGAGAACCAGAGAGCCAAAAGGAAGACUGUCAUUUCUGAGCCCAUCACUCCGGACCCAGUGACUCUCGCCAUGAUUUUCCACAGGAGCUGUGACAAAAACCAGGAGUCUCAGAAGCUGAUUCGGGCAGCAUUUUUGAAGAAUGAUUUGUUGAAAAACCUUGAUGAAGGAGAAAUCAGAGCCAUCAUAGCCUGUAUGUAUUCCAUCACCAUUCAUCAAGGCUGUUACGUCAUUAAGGAGGGCACCAACGGGGCUCAGGCUUAUGUCUUAGAAGAGGGGAGGCUGGAAAUGACUAAAGACGGACUGAAGGUGCUCACACUUGAACCAGAAGACAUGUUCGGAGAGGUGGCACUCCUCUACAACUGCACCCACACCUACUCUGUCGCAGCACAAACGGACAGCAAGCUGUGGGUUAUUGACCACAAGAGUUACCAGACCAUACUUACGCAGAGUGGUCUCAACAGCCUUUCUCAUUCAAUGGAGCUGCUUAGCAGCGUUCCCUGUCUGCAAUCAUUGCCAGAGGAUGUCAUCAUGAAAAUGUCUGAUCUCCUGGAAGAGACACACUACACUGACGGUGACUACAUUAUUCGACAAGGAGCCACAGGAGACACCUUUUAUAUCAUUAGCAAAGGCCAGGUGAAAAUGACAGAAAAGAAGCCAGGCCAUGAAGAGCAGAUAAUUCUUUCCAAGAUUUCUGAGAGACAGUGGUUUGGAGAAAAAGCCCUGUGGGGAGAGGAUGUUCGGACUGUGAAUGUGAUUGCUGUUGGUGAAGUUACAUGUUUGUUAAUAGACAGAGAGACCUUCAAAGACAUCAUCAGCGGGUUGGUAUUUGACAGCGGUCCUGCGGGGCUGCAAAGCACUGAAUCUAAAGUCGAGUCAGACAAGGAUGCUGCACUCCUCUCAUCUUCUACUUUAAGUGAUUUCCAGAUUAUUUGCACUCUGGGAGUUGGGGAGUUGGGUCACGUAGACCUGGUGCAGCUAAAAAGCAAUGUCAAGUGUCUUUCUGCCAUGAGGGUUCUUAAGAAGAAGCUGAUUCUCAACAAUGGCCAACGAGAGCACAUACUGAGAGAACAGCGCAUCCUAAUUGAGGCUCAGUGUCCAUUCAUAGUCAGGCUACACAAAACCUUCAGAGAUGCAGAGUGCCUUUACAUGUUGACAGAGGCUUGUCUACGUGGUGAUCUUUGCAGUCUACUCAGAGAUAAAGGCUGUUUGGAUGAAUGCAUCACCAGGUUCUACACUGCUUGUGUUGUCGAGGCCUUGACCUUUCUUCACUGUCGAGGUGUCAUCUAUAGAGAUGUCAAGCCUGAAAAUGUUGUUGUGGAUGAGCGUGGAUAUGCCAAAUUGAUUGGCUCCAGGUGUGCAAAGAAGAUUGAAGUGGGUAAGAAAACUUGGACGUUCUGCGGUACUCCCGGAUAUAUGGCCCCUGAAAUCAUCCUGAAUAAAGGCCACAAUACAUCAGCAGACCUCUGGUCACUGGGUGUUUUUGUGUUUGAACUUCUGAGUGGCGGGCUUCCAUUUGAUGGCUUCGACCCAAUGAAAGUUCUCACAGAGACCAUUCGUGGCAUCGAUCAGAUCGACUUCCCAAAAACCAUCAGCAAAAGUGCCUCCAGCCUCAUAAAAAAACUGUGCAGGAGCAAUCCCUCGGAGAGACUGGGCAGUCAGAGAAAUGGGGCCAAGAACAUUCAGAAGCACAAAUGGUUUGAAGGAUUCAACUGGGACGGACUUUGUAAAGGAACUUUAAGCCCACCACUCAUGCCAAAAGUUAAACAUCUUUUGGACGGCACCACAUGUAGUCAUUAUAAUGGGGACUCGGCAGAGCUGUGCACAGACUGGGAUGAUUUCUGA